AAUAUGAAAACCAAUUAAUAUGAAACACGUGUUAAACCAUUCUGCAAAGAUCAAUAAUAAAUACAUGCGCUUUAUGUUUUCUCUAGAAACGGGUAGCCUCCUUUGCUAUAACUUGCAUUUAUUCAAACCAUAGCGACGUGACUGUUCAGUGUGUUCAAAUACGAUCUCCGUUAUACAGUUGGUCUGGUCAGUGUUUAUCAGUUGAAUACAAUGGCGAUAGCUGCUGGAUUUGUAAUUAUAAACGCUCUUUUAAUCGGACCAGUUGAUUCAAGCACGUGUGAACAAUUUAAGCCCGGCAAGGACAAUUUUAAUAAAGCUUUGAUUGGUCACUCGGUGUUGACAAUGAAUAAUACAAAUCAUCAUGACUGUGCGCGAGAUUGUAUGUCAAUGUCAGUAUGUAAAUCAAUUGACUUUGACAGAAAGGAGAAUAGGUGUAAGUUGAACGAUGUUGACCGCUCGUCCGUUGAUCCAGCCGAGUUUGAAACUAAAAGCGGUUCUAUAUUCUCUGACAUAAAGGAAUGGCCAGGCAAAAUGGUUGGAAGUUGUAGUUCAAGACCAUGUAAAGUAAACCAAAGAUGUCAUCAAACUGGUGCUUCUCAUGUGUGCAGAAAUAUAACUUGUGAUAUUGUUCAGAACGACAUUGACAAUGGAAUAAUUAAGACGUACGCGUCUGGCAGAAACAGGUUCCUAGAUAAAGCUUUAGUUAAAUGUGACAUUGGGUAUAUUGCAAGUCAACAGGAGGUGAAAUGUGAAGCUUCGGGGAAAUGGCAAAAUGCAAAGUGCCAAUCUUUAAGUGAUUGCAAAGAAAUCCUUGAUAAAUUUCCUGAGGCGGAAAGUGGUCAAUAUGAGAUAACACUAUGGAACUCCGGGGAGACUCUGACUGUGAAUUGUGACAUGAAAACUGAGGGCGGAGGUUGGACGAUUUUUCAUAAGCGAAUCGAUGGAUCAGUGGAUUUUUACCGGAACCUUUCGGAGUAUGAAAACGGAUUCGGGGAGAUUAGCGGAGAGUUUUGGUUUGGAUUAAAGUAUAUAAAAGAGCUCGCUGAACAAGGUACAACGGAGCUUCGUCUUGAUAUGACUGAUGCUCAGUAUAAUGCUGGAGAUGAAACCUAUCAAGACUUCCAGUUAACAGAAGGAAGUAAUUACACUCUUAACAUUGGGUCACGAACAACAACAUCUGGAGUGCCUGAGGACGGAUUACUAUAUAACAAUCACCACCCAUUUUCGACUUUUGACCACAACAGAAAAGACUGUGCUGUAUCAAGGCAUGGAGCCUGGUGGUAUGGAGCGUGUACUAACGUCAAUCUAAAUGGGUUAUACGUGACGCCAGGCACGACGUGUGAAUUAGUCGGUGCUAAACCGGGAGGUCAUUGUGGACACAGGCACUAUGGUUUUGCAGGCUUUUAUGCAUUGAGGACGUCCUCAAUGAUGAUAAGGAGAAAGUAAAUAACAAUUGAUCAAAAGAGAAGCAGAUUCAUAAUCUUAAUUAAUUUUAUAUCAUUCAGUCUGAUUGCAGUUACAGGACAGUGUUACUAAUGAGGAUGGUUAGAAGGUUAUUAAGUAUCAUGUGGCCGGGUAGAAACAAAUGCAGAUAAAAUAGUGAAUAUAGAUGUUUAUCAUUUUGUGUCACCUGCAAUAGAGAAGCUGCCACAUAAAGUGAUCAAUUAUCCGUAGUAUGUCCGUCCGUCUGUUCGAUCGUCACAAAAAUUACAAUUUCAUCCGAACUUUACAGAAAUAAUCGUACAAAGCCUAUAUUCGCAUAUCGUCAGAUCGAUAACAUCUAAAAGUUCAGUGUUUUUGUCGAAGUUAUGGUACUUUCAUUUUUUUAUUUUUUAAAGUUUGUCCAGAUUGCCUCUCUUGUACUAUCUUUUCUAUGUGAAUGAACUUGAUAUGAACUUCACACGUACUGCAUAUUAAAUGUUGAAUGGUUGUUUAGGUCUUUGAUAAAAAGAUCGUUUCGGCACGUUUAUGAUUUUUGUGUCGUCUGCUAAACACCAGCUACAGCAUGCCACGUCUACAUGGGGACCAACAGUUCAAUACCCAUUAAAACAAAUGCAUAAUUUGCCAUCAUCAAGCAACAUAGGUGGUCAGUGGACAAAUGAUCUUAAAUCGCUCUCUUAGCUUUAACUCUCUAAAUGUAUGCUUGUUUGAAAUAAAGCUUUAUGUAUAUACCAUGAAAACGUCUAUAUUAUAAACAGUUUAAUAAAU